CCCAGCCCCCCUGGUCCAUGUUGGAGCCCCCACACCUUCAUUUGAUCAGCCCGCAUUCCCCCCAACCCCCAGCCCAUGCUCCUCCCACCCACGGCCCGCGUCCUGAUCACCUUCAGCCUGCAUUUGAUCUGCCUCAGCCGACGAUCAAUCCACUCCGGUCUGCGUUCAAUCCGCUCCGGUCUGCGUUCAAUCCGCUCCGGUCUGCGUUCAAUCCGCUCCGGUCUGCGUUCAAUCCGCUCCAGUCUGCGUUCAAUCCGCUCCGGUCUGCGUUCAAUCCCCUCCGGUCUGCGUUCAAUCCCACCCCUCCCCCCCCCGGUCUGUGUUCAAACCCCCCGGUCUGCGUUCAAUCCGCUCCGGUCUGCGUUCAAUCCGCUCCGGUCUGCGUUCAAUCUGCUCCGGUCUGCGUUCAAUCCGCUCCGGUCUGCGUUCAAUCUGCACCGGUCUGCGUUCAAUCCGCUCCGGUCUAUGUUCAAUCCCCUCCGGUCUGCGUUCAAUCCGCACCGGUCUGCAUUCAAUCCGCUCCGGUCUGCGUUCAAUCCGUUCUGGUCUGCAUUCAAUCCCUUCCAGUCUGCAUUCAAUCCCCUUCGGUCUGCGUUCAAUCCCCUCCAGUCUGCGUUCAAUCCGCUCUGGUCUGCGUUCAAUCCCCCCCGGUCUGCCUUCAAUUCCUCCCCCCCCCCCCGCCCGGUCUGUGUUCAAUCCGCUCCGGUCUGCGUUCAAUCCCACCUCCCCUGGUCUGCAUUCAAUACCCCCGGUCUGCGUUCAAUCCACUCCGGUCUGCGUUCAAUCCGCUCCGGUCUGCAUUUAAUCCCACCGGCCCACAUUCAAGCCGAGGACAGUGUUUAAGCUUUGACCCCCCCGCCACCACCCCCCCACAUUUCCAUGUUAGAAACCUUGGACGUGUUUAUGACUCCCCACCACCCCUCAUUCCUCCCCCUCCCCCACUGACCCCCAUUAACCUGGGGUCCCCCCGAGACCCACAUCAACGAGCACAGGCCCCACAUCAAGCAGCGGCUCCACACCCUCCGGCCAAGCUGAUCGAACACGGACCUUGCGCCGGUUCAACAUGGCCUCGCAUUCCUGUGGAGUGUGAAGAUUCCAACAAAUCCCCUCACUCGAGGGGGAGAGUCUGAGUGAGAUUCACAGGAUCUGGAGGCUGCUUCCCCUCUCCUUCCACUGGCCCAACCUAGGAAAGGUCUCUCCAUCCAACUCCAGAGUGAGAGAGAAGAGACAAAGAUAGAGAGACAGAGAGAGGGAGGAAUGGAAGGAGAGUGACAGAGAAAGGCAGGGAGGGAGAGAGAGAGAUAAAGGCAGAUAGAGAUA